CCAUCGCCGUUCUUCCCCUGCGCGUGCUGCCAUCUCCCGUCGCCUAUGCCUACCGCGCAUAGGCAUGCGCCCGCGCCUUCGCUGCACUCGCGUGCCAUCGCGCGCCCCUCGUCAUUGCUGAUCUUCUCGCGCGCGUUACUUCGCGCGCCCGCGUGUCGCUUACUUGCGCGCCCUUCGCGCCUCAUCCGUUCCCGUCGUGACCCCCGCGCGUCCCAGCUACCGCCCGCGCCCAGAUCACCUACGGCGCCCCCACGUACACCCGUGCAUCCGCCAACUACGCGCCUGCGUACUCCUUGCCAAUCCCGCGUGGCUCGCUU